AUGAGUUCCCGUAACAGAACAAACGUAACUAGGCUGUUGGAGUACUGGUGCGAGGUACAGAUACAAGAUUCUGAUCGCGAUAAACCAUUCGGUACCUAUAUUCCAGACAGCUAUAUCUGCGAAUGUUUUCCAGAUAAUUUUCGCGAAAUAAAAGUGAUGCAAAAUAUUCCAGCUUUUGCAUUUCCAUGUGCAUAUGAGAGUGAAUCCGUGCAAUCGUACUCGUUUGUUCUAACGACAGAUGACUCAAAGUGGAGAUUUGGGUUUUGUCGACAAGAUCCCAAAACGGGAACCGCAAUGGUAUUAAUUACAUUUUUACCAUGGCACGAUACCUUUCUACGAUUCCUAACAGUAUUAGCUGAAAUACGACGAACAAGCAGAGAUGAGUUUCGUACGUUUAUAGCUGAAGCAUAUAAUGGCGGUGUGCCCAAACCAGGUAGUGAUCUUAAAUUAUACUACAAUGGAGGACAAAGUACUUUUGUAUUUGAAAGGCCACUACAAUUUCAGCUUCCCAGUAUACCUGGAAACCAUAAUUUAAAUUUGUAUUAUAAUUUCGUCGACCCAAAGAACAUGAUAGCCGUUUUCGCUGCAAUGCUAGCAGAACGCAGAAUAAUAUUUACAUCUCGUCGUUUAGAUAAAUUAUCGUCAUGUAUACAAGCAGCAAACGCAUUUUUGUAUCCUAUGGUAUGGCAGCAUAUAUUUAUACCAGUACUUCCUAUGAAACUUAAGGAUUAUUUAAGUGCCCCCAUGCCAUAUCUGAUUGGAGUACCAAAAUCGGUCCUAGAUACUAUGAUGCCCGAAGAACUUGGUGAAGUUGUGAUUUUAAACUGUGAUACAAAAAUAUUUGAAAGUCCUUUCGAUGACGUACAUGAGUUGCCAACUGAAAUUGUUUCACAAUUGAAGAAACAAUUAAGCCAUUCAAGUGAACACGUAGGAGAUCGAGUUUCAAAAAUUUUUCUUGGUGUAUUAGUACAAUUAAUCGGAGGCUAUCGAGAUGCUGUUGAGUUUCAUGAUGUAGGCAAAUGUUUUAACCGUAAAACAUUCAUAGAAUCUCGUCCAUCACAUAUCCGACCGUUUUUAGAGAAAAUGAUGGAAUUACAAAUAUUUCAACAAUUUAUCGAUGAACGAUUGGAAAUGCUUAAUACAGGUUUAGGAUUUUCGGAUGAGUUUGAAAUGGAAACUGUGCGUUAUGCUGAAAAAAUGAAGAAACGAAAUAGAAAUUUAGCUUUCAUUAGAACCGUUAAAGACAAGACUAAUCCUGCUGUUAAGUCUGCUGUAAAAUCGGUCAAAGAAGGCUCACGUGGCGUAAAAACAGCCUAUAAAGAUCUCAAAUCAAAGUUCCGUGAUAUUACACCGCCAAGUAAUCCACAUUUUCGUUCACAUUUGGCUUCAAAUUCUCAACACGAUCGCAUUGAUGGCUACGUAGGUGGCAAAUCUGUAAUUGGUCAUCAUUCAGCACCAAGCUCUCCUAUAUUUAGCAAGCGUACGGUUGCCGGCUGUGGCAGUGGCAGCAAUUUACCCUCAAUAACUGCUGGUGGUUUUCAAUACGCCAGUCCUGAAGAAAUAAAUGGAGCCACACAAUCCAUGCGCAGGACCAAUCCGUUGGCCAUGUCUAGCUCAAGUUCGCACAUACACUCGAACGGUCAUACGGGCAGUGCGAUUAAUACUUCUCAUCACCAUAAUCGGUUGGCUUCAUCUCCAACUGUUAGUCCGGCGAGUUCGCUCUGUUCGUCGGAGAUGAAUUUAUCUCAAGAACUGCAAAAUCAUCCGCUCUUUAAAUCUCCAAUUGUGGAUCGUAGUCUUAAGCCAAGCAACAGCUUAGAGCUCAAUCAUCGCAUAUCAUCAUUACGUACUGGUGGAGCACCACCAGCCAGACCACCACCACCAUCAGCUCAAGCGCUACAAUCAACAAUGCCCAAUCAUAAUGCAAUGCCGCAUUCAUAUUACAAUCAUCCUUACACAUCGCAGCUAGCGCAACGUCAACAGCAACAGCUACGACAGGAGCAACAACAACGACAACAAACUCCAUUGCAAUAUAUACUCGCACAUUCACAUAUUGAUACGAAACCACCCCAAAUGCCACGUUCACUGCCAACAGCACAAAAUCACACUCCAGUACACACCUCAACACCCAAUAAAAUCAUUACAACCGAUUCAAUAUUUGAUAAUCCUCCGGAUAUGCAAUCUCCACCAGUACCACCGAGGCGACAAUGCAAUUAUAAUAGCAAUGUUAUAGCGACUACAGCUGCAGCUGUACAUGCAGGCAUACAUCGUCUCGAACGUAAUUGCUGGCAAGAUUAUGCGGAUCAUAGCUUAAUUGAACAAGAUGCAUUGCGUAGCUCAUCAUCCUCAAAUAAUUCCACAACAUCGUCAUCCGAUUCAAGUGCAUCAUUUGUGUCGGCUUCAUCAACAUUAUCUCAUCAGCAAUCGCCGAAUAAUAUUGCAAAAAUGCCAGUGCCAGCGCCAAGACUUAAAAAAGAAAAAGAGUCUAUUCGCUCUUUACAACCACAUAAUCGACAAGCAGCAAAUAGUUCACCUAUAUCAUCAACACAAACUGGAGACUCAAUGAAAGAUUUAAUAUCGCUGGACGAUAGCCGUAAUGCUAGUUUUGAUUUGGAAGAUUUUGAUCCACUUAAUCAAAAUGCACGACCAUUUCCAGUAUCGGCUGUCAAUAAUAAAAAAUCAACAACAUUGCCAGCAGGUGCAUCCGCAUCAAUGAUGACCACACUAAGCGUAAGCAAUCCAUUAUAUCCAUACUAUUUGCCUGAUUAUUCGAAACCACCAUUAAAGCCACCAACAGUAAAACCGCCACCGCUGCCAACAAGCUUGCCACCGCCCAUGCCACCACCGGAUGAAGACUUUGAACUAUUGCGGAAAUAUGGUUUAGAUCAAUUUACAUUGACGACAACGCCCAGCACUUCAAACACAAAUAAUACCAAUGGCACAGCUGCAUUUGCAACGGCCGGCAUGAGCAAUUGGACGACCUUUGAUUAAAUUCAAGGGUGUGAUUUUGAUACAAUUUUUAUACCAAAUUAAAAUAGUCAAUUAUAUUUGUAUUUAUUAUUUGCUGCUUAAGACAUAUUGGUUUACACUAAAUUGAAUGUACGAAUUUGUACGAAGAAGCAAUUAAAUAUCGAAGUGACAAGCAUUUCAUUUAUAAAAAUAAUUUACAACGCCAAUUUGAUAUAUAAAUGUA